GAAGAUGACUACGCGCCGCCAUUGUCACAGCGUGUGUACGAGAGACCGAAAGGCGAGAAAGGGUUCCACAUCGCGACCCCGCCCGAUUACCUCCUCACGCAUGCACACUUUGGCUCUUGCAUCGACCAGCUGAUCGGCGGCUACAAGGACAAAGUCGAAGGAUGGGAGGCAGGCUUGGUCCCGAUGUUCGCGAAUGACUACUUCAAUUUCGAGAUUCCGCAGGCGGAGAAGAAAACUAUCAUACCCACGCUACGGAAGCAUCUGUCCCGCGAGGCGGCGGCGAUUGUCGGGUUUAUCGCCGACGGAGGCCCGAAGGGAAAGAAAGGGUGGGAGGAGUUGUUUUUCGAGCCGGAGUUGAGGCGGGGCCUUGUGAUUGCGAUCAUCGGGUUCGUGCUGCAGGAGCAUGUGUUUGGGAGUCUGUGUUUCGGGGCCACCGAAGAGCAGAUUGCCGAACUGCAUGAGGAUGAGAUUGAGCAGCGGGAUGAUGAGCAUGAUGGCUUCAGCCGUACAGCCGAACGCGCAAAGAAAAUCAGGCAGUUCAUCGAGGCAUCGGAGCGCAAGACGGGCAGGGAUAGCUUGGAAGUCCGCACCUACACGCUAAACUUCCGCUCUGAGAGCGUGACGCUAGCGUGGCAGAUUUACGCGCUGCUGUGGCCGAUCCUGGCCCUCUCAACCACAUACCGCAAUCUCCCUGUGCCAGAAGCCUUUCGCCGCACCAGCGUUGGGUCGGUAGAGGACGAUGAAGGCUUGUCCGAUGAAGCCGAGGUGCAAUACGACAUCUUCUCUCACUUGUACAAGAUUGUGACGCUGGCGGCACGGAUGCACUUGCGCAUGCGCCUGGAUGGAGACACGAUUUAUCACUGCGGUGGGGUGUACAAGGAUCAGUUAUACACACCUCAGACGAUGAUUGCGUUUAAUGAGAAGACGAUGAAUCGUACGAAGGAGUAUGCCGAGGAGAAAGACCAGGAGCAGCUGGACGAGGAGUUUAAGCUCAAGGCUGUGCGGGUAGUUUGUUGGGGUGUGUGGAGUGCGUAUAAGAAAGGCGGGUGGAUGGAGGAUGAGAAGGAUAUGGGGAUUCGGGAGUUUCAGGUGGCAAAAAGUUUGGUGGUGUUGAGGUGGACUCAGGGGGAGGAAAAUCCUUCAAAGUAUGUGCCAUUUUCGGCUGUGUGGGGUAAGGGGAAGAAAGUCUAGGUACAGACUGGAGUUGGUGAUGGGUUGGGUUUUGGCUU